AUGGGCAGUCAGCAAAGAACAGUGAAUCCCAUGGGCUCCUUUGCACAAAGUGUAGGCGGCUCACAGCCUGCUGCUCCCCUUGACCUUUCCGAAUUUCCUUCCCUCUCUAGUGGUCCGCAGAACACCACUCCAACCCCUGGACAGGCCAUAUGGGGCAACGCAGGCCAACGUUCAAUCCAGCAGAGUCUUGGGCAGAGACAAGCACAAGGUUCCGUCCCUCCUCAAGCUCCCUCACGAGAAGCACAGCUUCAAGCCCAGCAGGGGCAAUCCCAGGGUCAAGCUCAAGGCCAUGAUGACCAGUUCCCCUCAACAACGCAGUUCGUCACCCAGCUUGAUGAUUUCCGUAACGGUGUCCAGGCCAUGGGCCAGAUGUCCGGCAGCAACCAGCCCCAGGCUGGCAGUGUCGAUGACUUCCCUCCUCUAAGCAAACAGUCCGAGCAAGGAGGGGCCAUUGGCAACUAUGCUGGGUCUAUGGGGUUCACUGGCUUUGCCCAGACGCGUUCGUCUCUUGGAAACCAGCAAGAUUCCAGUAGAAUCGCAUCUCCUGCAGCUGCAGGCCCGUCUGGCACACCAGGGCCGCGGCUACCAGCUGGCCAGAACCAGAACGGGAUAAUUGGACAAGAUCACGAGGACAACGCUCAGGCUCAGGCUCAAGCUCAAGCAUCCAUGAUGAGCCAACGCGGCAUGGAUCCGAUGCAGCAGCCGCAGCAGCAGCAGAACCCAGCCCAGAUGCAGUCCUCUCGCCAGCAGCAGCAGCCACCGCAGCCAUCGCAGGCGCAGGCUGAGAACGAGGCGCAUGAUCCCUCACGAGCCGGCCAAACAGCCGAGCAAGCCUCGCUCUCGCAGAUGAGCGAACACGAUCGAUUCGGCCUAGCCGGACUUCUACGCAUGAUCCAUAGUGACAGCCCAGACGUUGCGAGCCUCGCUAUCGGCCAAGAUCUGAUGAGCCUUGGACUGGAUCUGAACCAGCAGGAACCACUGCAUCAAACAUUUGCAUCACCAUUUAUCUCAUCUAAUGUGUCCAUUCCACUACGGCCAGACUUUACUCUGCCUGCAUGCUACAAUGUAGCCAAUGUCCAGCCGCUGCAGAACCGUAUACCUAGCUUCAGCGAUGAGACUCUGUUCUACAUCUUCUACAGCAUGCCGCGUGAUAUCAUGCAAGAGCUAGUCGCAGAGGAGCUCAUGGGCAGAAAGUGGCGUUACCACAAGAUCGAACGCGCUUGGCUGACACGCGACGACACUUAUCCGAACCCAGUUGAGGUUGAGAGAGGUAUCAGCGAGCGAGGUGUCUACCUGUGGUGGGAUACCAACUCCUGGAAGAAAGUCCGACGUGAAUUUAUUCUUCGUUACGCCGAUUUGGACAACCGUCUCGACCCAGGCAGAAAUCUUGUCCGAGGAAUGCCCUUCCCUCAAGCCACCUAA